AGCGUUGCUCAGUCAGUCAGUUCUGCCUGUCUAUCAGCCAGAACGUGCUGACUACGUUUUUGAGUCGUUUUUCGCUUCGCCAUUCGAUUUUAAAACGUGUAAAUGUGAGAAUCGUAAUCUUUAUUUAUCGGCACGUUUCACAAUCAACUAUCAGUUUUUCCCAUCAAAUAUCGAACCUCGGCUUCUGUUUAAAUCAAUUUCGUAGUGAACGAUCUUAGUAUUUUCAAUUUAAGUGAAAAAUUUACCAAAUCAAAUUUUUAUAUAUCGUAUCAUGGACGUGACGAUAUUUGUGUUUUUGGAAGUACAACAACGUGACAAUGUCUGAGAAAAACAAUUCUAGGAAAGAAAAUGAAUCAAAAAAAAUUAAACGAGGUGUCUCAAUCAAAGAAAGUAAUGAGAAAAAUAUGCGGAAUUGGAAAUUAGUACCACCGGAUGGAGGAUGGGGUUGGUUGGUCCUUUUUGGGGCCACGUUAGUAAACAUCCUCAUUCCAGGAACCGUUAAAUCGUUUGGCGUACUUUUCGUCGAAUUUCUUGAAGUAUUUGAUGCUGGACCUUCUGCAGCCGCUUGGAUACCAGCUUUAUGUUACUUCCUUUACAGCUCUUUAGGCCCAUUAUCGAGCAUACUUUCACUCAAAUAUUCUUAUAGAACUGUUACUCUUAUUGGUGGAACAUCUUCUGCUCUUGGUAUGAUCAUUAGCUUUUAUGCUGAUUCUGUUAAUUAUCUUUAUAUAAGUUAUGGAAUAUUGGUUGGAACAGGAGCUGGAUUGGCGUUUCCACCCACCGUGUAUAUAGUAACAAAUUAUUUUGAAAGAUUACGCGGAUUAGCAAAUGGAAUAUGCAUAUCUGGAUCAGCGAUCGGUUCAAUAAUUUUACCACCACUUUUAAGAAUACUUUUAACGAAUUAUGGUUACCGAGGUGCGGUAUUAAUAAUGGGUGGAGUAACGUUAAACGUUUGGGUUGCGGCUCUUUUCUAUGAACCCGUUGAAAAGCACAUGAUAAAAGUGCCAAAAAAUACGGAUAAAAUCAUCGAAGAAGAUGAAGAAGAAGAACCGGAAGAUCAUCCGUUGUUUCGUCCAACGUUCCAACUUAGUAGCGAUGAUCAAAGCGGUUUAAACUUAACUAGAAACAAUUCAUUCGCGGAUACAACUCAAGAUUCGUUUUUUCGAAGUCCAAGCACGAAGGAACGUAAAAUAAGCGCGACAUCUAAAGGUGAAUUAACGAGAGUAAGAAGCGGCGCUGCUUUAAGAAGUAAUAAAAAUAGUUCUUCCGGUUUGAGUUAUUUAAAUAGUACUUCCGGUCUAGAUGCGGUACCGGAAAAUGAGAUUCAAAAUAAAUUGUUAAACGUAAAACGAAGUCGAACGCCGAAAAGAAGUCCGUCAACAAGUUCGUUUCAAUACGUUUCGACACCAUAUCACGGAAGUACAUUAACGUUACAACCGGAAAUGAUCGCGAGUACAUUUAGUUUAAAAUCGGCUGCCAAAGACGAAGUGAAACCAAAAAACAAAUUAUUUGAUAUCACGCUAUUAAAAGAUCCCGUUUAUUUAAUUAUAUUAAUAUCAAAUUGUACAAACGCUAUAAGUUAUACAAAUUUUAUUAUUUUAUUACCAUCGUAUGCGUUAGUAUUAGGUUUUGGUAAAGAUAGCGGUGCACUGUUGCUCUCUAUUGUAUCCGCUUUUGAUUUAGCUGGAAGAAUUGGUGGUUCAGCUUUAUCAGAUUUACCAAUAAUACCAAAAGAAGCUUAUUUUAUCGGUGGUCUUUUAAUAAGUGGAAUAUCUUUAGCAUUAUUGCCGUUAGCAAGUGAUAUUAAAGUAAUUUGGGGUAUUUGCGGUAUAUUCGGUUUAGCUUCCGGCAUUUACGUCGGUGUCACAGCUGUUAUAAUGGCGGAUUUGCUCGGUACCGAACGCAUACAAUCAUCGUAUGGUAUUUCAUUAUUCGUUAACGGAUUAAUACAAUUAGUUGGCCCGCCGCUUUGCGGUUUAUGGAUCGAAAAAACCAAUUCUUAUUCGUCGCUUUUUUCCUCUUUGGGUGUCGUUUUGAUUAUUGGUGCUUCAAUUUGGGGACUAUUACCAUUUGUUAAGCGUGACAAUCGGGACGCCAAUCAAGAGGAAACCACUACCGAAUGUUGAGUUUCGGACAAAUUAAAUAUACAGGGUGUUUAUUUACGACUUAACAUUCGUACUUCCAAAUAAUUAAAAAUUAUUUUAUUCUCUAAAAGUUAAAAUAAACACUUGUUUUUGUAAAACAAAAUAUAAGUUAUUAAAGUUACCAUUUUUUUUUUUUUUAAUACGAAUUAAUUAUUAACGCAAUUUUGUAGUUCAAAAAAUCUCGAAAAAAUCUUUUUGUGUUCCUGCCAUGUUUAACUUAUAUUUUGUAUUUUAUAGUAUUGUUCAAAUUUAUUUUAAAUUAAUUUUAAUUAUAUUUUAUUAAUCUAUUUGAAGAUUCUGUAUUGUUUAAUAGGGGUGUGGCAAAAAGGAGGGGUGACUUUGAAACAAAUGCGUAACUAUACUGUCUUUUGUUCCUUGGCGCUAUGUGGUAGCAUAAUAAUUGUAAGAAUUUCCCUCCCUAAAUCUUAUUAAUCGUUUCAACCCUUACUUUCUGCCACAUCAUAUAUAUAUAAAUAAUAAAAUAUGUUAUUUAAUUCGUUGAAACAA